CGUUCCGGGCGCCGAUGAAAGAGAAAAUUUCCUUUUCGGUGCACGCGAUGCGAUAAUGAUCGCGCGCGGAUCCACGCGAGUGAGAACGCAUUAAGGCGGUGAAUUAGAAUCAGAAAUAGACUGGAGGAUACACUUGGACGUUUAUUAUUGAUGUAGAUAGACGUCCAUUGAAAACACGAAGAACAGUACAGGUGACAUAAAAGUGACGUGAAUCUUUCGCUAUAAAAAUUAAUCAUGCAGGAUUAGUAAUAGAAAUUAUUGCAUAAGUAAAGUUCUAAAUGCGUUAGCGAUAAAAAUAAACAGAAAAACGUUGAUGAUCAAGUCCGUCCGUCCAUCGAAGCGAUGUUUUCACGCCAUCACGCCGGAGUGGCAUAACAGGACUGAUGACGCGUUCGAUAUUGUCGGAAUAAUAUUUGUCGCGAAAGCAAACACGUCAAAUCACAGAGGGCGAUAUCGAGGAAAAUGUUGCAGGCGGUCGUGCAGGUUUUUUUUCCUUGCUGGCAGGUUUGCGUUUCUCCGCGGCAUGAAUCACCUCGCUGACAAGAGUCAGCCGAUCCUGACGAGAAUGGAAGGGUGGUGGGCUUAUCUCGUAAAUGGCCAAUCUAGGCCGGUCGGCGCGCGUGCCAUUGGCAGUGAAAAACACGUUAAAAGCGUGCCGCUCCUUUUACAAAUGAAACCGCCGAUUGCUUAAUUCCUUUCCACUUAUGAACGAGAAGACGGAAGCGAAUUCCGAUUGCAGAUGCGCUCCCGCAUUCGGGAUUUUCCGGGAACGCAUCUGCGCCACAAAAGGAGACGUCCGUUAGCAAUUUCGCUAGUUUGCCUACCCGUGGAAGCUUCGCGCAUGUAAACGAAGACAAUUCUGAAAUGCGAAUCGCGUGAAAGCGGGAGCGCAACGUCGAGGAGAAGCUGAAUUAGGAAACGUCGAGGGACGAAAAAUACGAUCCCAGGCGCGAGAGAAGAGCGCCAGCGACGAUAAAUUCAUGUGCGUUCCUUUUUUUCUUGCUUGGUGCAGUGUCCCCACUCUUUUUCUGCGACUUUUUCUUUCGCUCCUAAUCAGCGGUCUUACGUUACGCGUGCAGUCACAACCGGUUUCCGAGACCGGCGGUCAGGUCUUAGGAAGUGUUUGCAUCUCUGACGCGAGGUCGUGACGCCAGCAGAUAACCGAGACGUCCUCGGCGAGGUCUCGGUUCAGUCUCUUCGCAUGAUUUAACUGCCUACGAUGGUCCCAAUUUUCCAGAUUGCAGAUCGAAAAUGGGCUCUACAUCGAACUGCAGCUACGAAACCUGGCGAUUUUCGUAGGACGACAGCGUGGAAUGUCAGGAUCGCCACGAUUGUCCAUGAUCCGUGGAUGGUAUGUCUGAACAGUCCGUCGUCCGAAGAAGGCUCGUGCAUUUUUCAGGAUCCGAGGCGGCUUCGAGGGCGUACCUUUCGGCAUGAUCUGCAAAGGGCUUCCUGGAAAGUCCGCGGCCGGACGGUCCGGCCACACGUUCCAUGGAAGAUGGACUUUGUUAUCGCGAAAGGCAGUGCGCGAGACGAUCGUGAUACGGCAGUGCUCAUUAAAUCGAAGCACUCGCAAGUUGUGACGAGUAAAUUGGCGCAGACGACCUUCUGCGGAUUCGAUAACUUGUCAUUCGAGUCACAUCAAUCAUGCAUUGCAUCUUGUACAUACCGUUAUGUCUAUUGGUAUAAUAUUGUAUACCAAUGUCAAUAUAUUAAUAAUAAUUGCAAAUAAAUGUCUACAUUGAACGGAACAUUCCUUU